AUGUUUCUAAAAAAAAGUAAACCUUUUUCAUUUUUAAUAACCUUAUCUAUACUCGUAUUCUUUCUUGUAUCUUCGCACGCAUAUUUCAUACGUCGUGACCUCGCCACUGGUACCAAAAUCAUUACUACAUUCAAUAAUCUCGGGGGAUCAUUAACUUUCACAAAACUUGACACUGGUGGUACCGGAGUGAAUGGACAGUUCACAAAAGGCAUCACGGAUUCUAAUCCUCGUAAUUACGUUUUAAAAAUUGGUGAUGGUGUAGAGGACACCUUCCUUACUUUCGGUAUACAAAUCACGCCACCUGGCACUAAUUCUUUUACACUUGGUUUUCCGGUAUUAUUUGAUAGCUUUGUUGGUAAAUCAGUUUUGAUUGAACACAAUGGUCAAAUUAUCGAUCAAUCCACUAUUACUGUGAAAGAUGAAGCACGUGGAAUCCAUCCAAGUAAAGUCGACAAAACCGAAUUACAACACAUAAAAAAAGAGUUAAAAACUUUUUUAUCAAGUUCAUCAAACAAACGAGCAGUAUUAGAAAAAUUAGUACAAGAGUUAGAAGGUAGUGAUAACGUUGGUGUUGUUCUUGGAUCUAUUUUACAUGGUGGUAAUGGUGGGGAAUUAAUAUCAUCAAAAAACAAUAAUAAUAAUAAAGUUGGUGUCGGUGUCACUUCUUCCACUCCCAUUUCUUCUAAUUCAAUAACAUUAAACUCCUCCGCCACAACAGCAGCAGCAGUAACAACGACAGUCACCAGUAAUAAUAAUAGAAAUAGUAAAAGUCCUAAUAAUAUUCAUAAUGUUCAUAAUCUUCAUAAUAGGUUAAAUAGUCCAAGAAGUCCGAGUGUUCAUAGUAAUAAUAAUAAUCGAUCAGUUAGUCCUAAUGUACUUAAAACGAAAGAAAAAGGAUCCAAGAAAAAAGGAUCACCGAUGAAUGAUCUUUAUAGUCCGACUCCUUCUCAUCGAAAAGAAUCAUAUAAAACCAACACUGGAUCGAAUAGAAAGAAGCGAACUAAACAAGAAAUAAUAGAUGAUGAUAGUGAUUAUACAGAUUUCGAAAGACCACGUAAGAAAGAUUCAAGAACCACAUUAAGUACCUACAAAAAAAGAAAACGAAGUACUUCGGAAACUGUUCCUAAAGUGGAAGAAGAUAAUACUCCAAUUAUAAAAUCGAAAGAUCAAGUGACAAUCAAAACUUUUUAUGAAUACGUGGAACCUUACGUUAGAGAUUAUACUCAAGAUGAUGUUGAAUUUCUGGAAACGAAGAAUGAAGAUGUAACACCGUACAUAAUACCCAAAUUAGGAAGACAUUAUACAGAAGUAUGGGCUGAAGAAGAACGAGGAAGAUAUAUAGGAGGAAAAUAUACGGGAGGAAAAUAUACAACAGGAAGUGGAUAUACAACAAGUGAUCGAAAUUCUUGUGGACCAUUAACUGAAAGAUUACUUUAUGAUGAAUUACAAGUCAAAAUUAAUGUCACUAAUCAUAAUACUGGUGGAGAUCAAGGAGGAGGUAGAGGUGGUGGAGAACAAUCAUUAGGAGAGGAAGAUGAAAAAAAAGAUGAAAAUAUUGUUAUGGAUGAUAGAUUAAGAAGAGAAUUAAAAGCUUUAGAUUUAAUGGAUGAACAAGAUGUUAAAGAUGAUGAAUUAAGUAUUAAGUUACGAGCAUUACAAGAACAAUUAAAAGAACAAGUGAAAAUUAAUAAUUAUCGUAAAACGGUUUUAGCUCAAAAAGUAAAAGAUAAAAUAGCAUACCUUCAAUACGCCACCUAUUUAGAUGAUAUUGAUGCUCAAAUUGAAGAAAAUUAUUUAGCUCGUUUUCCCGAAAAAGAUAAAAAUGGGAAAGUAUCUAAAACGAAAAAGAAAAAACCGCCACCAUCUCUUGAAGAUGUGAAACCAUUACUUGAUUCACGAACGAUGUUAUUAGAAGGAAUUGGUCGAAUCCUUAAACCCGAAGAAAUGGGAAAUUUGAAUAUAUAA